UGUUCGUCCAGUAAUCUUUCAACAUGAGUGUUGUUAUGGUCGUCCUUCUACAUUAAUAGCAGUCGGGCGAUGCUUCGAAUCUGGCACGUUAAUGGCUUCAAAGGGGCGACUGUCUGACUGGUCAGGCCAACUUGAUUGCAAAUUUCUUGUACACUCAACAUGUAAAACCACUAAGGCUGGGAUUGGAGGCCCCCUUGUUGAUUUCAGUGGGAGAUUUAUUGGCAUGAACUUCUAUGAGAAGAACAUAGGAACGCCGAGCCUAUUAUGUAAUCAUAUUAUCAUUGUGCUGCAAUCUUUUAAGAAAAAAGGGUCUGGUAAAAUUUCUUCUAGCGUGCCUUUCUGGACUAUGGAUAUGGAUAAAGAUGAGACUGUUCCUCCUAACAGAUGGCCUGUGCCUAAGCCAUAUUGGUGUCACCGUGACAAUCUUCCUGAGGAUAUAUCUGUAUUCGCACCCAAUGGUCGCAUGCUAUAGGGAUACCGUGAAGGAAAGAUGGUACAGUAUCACUAAAAUCCAUCAGGUCGUUAGCUUGUACCAAGUGGAAGAGCUCUGCAUCAUUUUAAGUCACAACAAACAGUGAGUGUUGUCCAGUCUUGUAAAGUUUCAUUUGCACUUAGAUUGACACAUUUGUCUGGUUUGUUGCUAUGAUAUGAGUAUAUGUCUUGUACUGCUACCAUCAUAAACUCAGUUGAAGCCCCUUUCGCAAGGGGGAAAGAAGUCCAAGUCUAUAUACCCUUUAAAUUUUGGAGGUGAAUUUGUUUCAACUUUCAAGUCUUGGCGCAGAGCAUUUGCAUUUGCAUUCUUGCGGUUCAGUUGGAUAGAUGGAUGGCCCGGUUGGUGAUAAUGCGAGCACAUCAAGAGCAGAGGUUUAUGCGUCCAGUUCUACAAUAACUGUGACACGGUGCCUUCGUUCCUGAAACCAAUAAAGAAUGGAUGGGGAUUCAUUAUAAGAGAUCAUUUUGGCAGGUAGCUGCUGUUGGAGCAGGAUCCGAAUCUUUUAUGUUGAAUGCACAAUAAGCUGAAGCAAUGGCUGGCUUGCUUGAAAGGAAUUGAGCAUGCUGCUCGGCUGGGCAUGCAACACAUUAUCGUGGAAACUGAUGCUGUCAACGUGGUCAGUGCCUUAAACGGAAUAGAUUUUGAUAGAUCUUUUUUAGGCACUAUGUUUAGAGAAAUAAGAGCAAAAACUGAUGUAUGAUUUUGUUCGGAGCUCUGUUUCUCAUUGCCCUAGGGCUUGUAAUUCAGUAGCUCAUACAGUAGCAGCAAUUGGUCUAAAUUGUAAUAAUGGACCUGUUUUCUGGCAGGACAACUUACCUGAAUACGUUGCUGUUCUAGUGUCCGGUGAGUUGGCUGGACAAAGUGAUUAAUAGAUAUUUUACUGC